GAUCCGUGUAAAAACUGCUACCUUUGAGGGAACGUCUCGUUCCAAGCGCCAUAUGCUGCGAAGCUGGAGCAUGAGCUGAGGCUGAAGGACUACAUUCAGCCAUCCAAAUUGCCCAGUUCUGGCUGGCCAUCGGAAUGUCAGGUCAAGAGAUCUCUCCGAAUCUCUUUGCUGCGAAACUCAAUGGACUGCUGGUGCUGGUGCUGCUUGAUUGCUGCUGCAAUGGCUUCGCAGAUAUGCUUUGGGAUCCAUCGCACUAUGUGAUGACCAUCGUCUUCUGUGGUCUACCGAUUGCACUGCAGCUUCUCAUGUUGAUCCUUUUCUUCAUGUUGUUGUGGCACACUUUCCUUCUUCGCUAUGGCUUACUUCUGGAGCUGUGGGGUGAAUUGCGAGGGGUGGUCCUCUUCUCCUUUCUGCGCUUGGGCGUUAUGUUAGCUGCACGGGUGCCGCGACUACUGGCAGCACUGCACAGUAUGACAAGGGAAAACUACUGGGCAGAUCCUCUCAAUCAGGUGGCCUUUUGCAGCCAUCACUUGGUGAGUGUUUUCUACUAUGCUUGGCUCCUGCGCCGGGGGUACAAUCUGGCUCAAGUGAGGUUUUACAAACCACAGCUCUGGCAAAAGCACAGACGUGGCUCAAGCGGAGCUGCGGCACGGUGAGGAUCGCCACUUGCCUGCGAUGUAGGUCGGUCAAACGCACGAUUUCUACGGGUGGAGCUGGCUCUGAUUGCCCAAGACAUCCCAAGACCAAAAACUGCUUUAGUUUGAGGUCAAGUUUGUGACAGGAUUGCCAUGGAUGGCCGCAUGGCCCGUUUCACGCUGAAAUCGCAUCGUUAAUGCCUUUGCCAGCUGAAUGGACAGCUGAUGCUCCAAACCCUGGAGAGAGGGGCGAAGUAUCCCCGCCGUUUGAGCUAUCCAAGAAAA